AUGGACACAAUCCAAUGUGGUGGUUUUUGUCUUUUACUGACGGUCAUCGAUUUGGUAUUAUCAAAAACUGAACUGUCAAAUCGUUCUACAAAUGAAAGUCCAAUUCUUCAAUUAUCUGUCUAUCCAAAUGCUGGUACUGCAAGUGAAAAAAUAAAAGUUCGUUGUGAAAUAUCUCAACCAACAUCGAUAUCACCAUUAUCAUCAUCAAAAUUUGAUAAUGUCUUUUUAUCAGUGAAAACAGAUCAUGUAAAACCAUCCGGUAUUCUUCUUAUGUUCGAUGAUACUGCUGAUGGAUGUCGUAGCAAUCGAGAUAAUAUUGAUAUUGAUGUUUGUAAUGCAUCACUUAUCUUAAUUCAUAUUAGUCAUACAAUUCUUAAUGAAACUCUUGAAAAAAUAGAUUAUGCAUGUGCAAAAGGAUCAACUGAAGUAAUGAGUUCAUAUAGUAUAAGAAAAGAUCAAUCUGCACGUUAUUAUGAUCCAACAUAUAAUUCAUCGUCUUGUUUGACACAUACUUAUUUUCUUUUAUUAGUUAUUCUUUUUAUAAUACGAAUAGGAACAUCAAAUAUUAAAUGGUUAUGA